AUGGCAGGCGAGGCUCGGGCCGGCGCCGACGCGGCGCUGCGCCGCCUGCUGAGGCUGCACCGCACGGAGAUCGCCGUGGCCGUGGACAGUGCCUUCCCGCUGCUGCACGCGCUGACCGACCACGACGUGGUUCCCGAGGACAAGUUCCAGGAGACGCUGCGUCUAAAGGAGAAGGAGGGCUGCCCGCAGGCCUUCCACGCGCUGCUCUCCUGGCUCCUGACCCGAGACGAGACCACCAUCCUGGACUUCUGGAGGGUCCUCUUCAAGGACUACAACCUGGAGAGAUAUGCCCGGCUGCGGCCCAUCCUGGACAGCUUCCCCAAAGAUGUAGACCUCAGCCAGCCCCGGAAGGGAAGGAAGCCCGCGGCUGGCCCCAAGGCCACCGUGCCACUGGCCAGACCCCCCACCAAGAGGAAGACCUUGGAGGAGCCUCGGCCUGCCCCGUCGGCAGCCCUGUCCCCGAGGGGCACCUCCAGCCCAGGCUCCCAGGCAAAGGCCAAGCCCCCCAAGAAGCAGGAGAGCACCGCAGAGCCGCAGCGCCUCCCACUGGGGAAUGGAAUUCAGACUGUGUCCGCUUCGGUCCAGAGAGCCGUGGCUGUGUCGUCUGGGGAUGGCCCAGGAGCCUGCGGGGCUCUGGAGGGGAUCCUCAUCCAGCAGGUGUUUGAGUCAGGUGGCACCCAGAAGUGCAUCCAGGUUGGGGGGGUUUACACCCCCAGCAAGUUUGAAGACCCCAGCGGGGGGAAGAACAAAGCCCGCAGUGGCGGAGGCCUGAAGACGGUGGUCCGAGCAAAGGGGACCCAGGUUGCUGCCCCAACUGGAGGGGAUCCCCGGGUAGGCCAGCAGGGCAGGGUCCCGGGCCCUCCUGCCCUUCCCAGCGAGCCCCAGCUUCACCAGAAGAACGAGGACGAGUGUGCCGUGUGCAAGGACGGCGGGGAGCUCAUUUGCUGUGACGGCUGUCCCCGGGCCUUCCACCUGCCCUGCCUGUCGCCGCCGCUCCAGGAGAUCCCCAGUGGGACCUGGAGAUGCUCCAGCUGCCUCCAGGGAAGAGCCCAGCAGGACCUGCCCCGGGCUGAGGAGCCACCUGCAGAGACCAGGGUAAGCACAGGCCCACUCCCAGGCCCUCUGGCCACUCCUGUCCUCCUGGGACUGAGGCCCUCCGGAGAGGAGGCGACGGGACUGCUCAGGGAGCCCCCAGCUGGGGUAGACACUGCUGUCACCUACAAGCACCUGCUGAACCCACCUCCGGUGGCUCCCCUGCCUGUACUGGACCCCUCGGCCCUACGCCCCCUUCUAUGUGUGGGCCCCGAGGGGCAGCAGGGCCCGGCGUCCGGCGCGCGUUGCGGGGUGUGCGGGGACGGGGCCGACGCGCUGCGGUGCGCACACUGCGCCGCCGCCUUCCACUGGCGCUGCCACUUCCCCGCGGGCGCCCGGCCGGGAGCCGUCCUGCGCUGCAGGUCCUGCUCCGGGGAUCCCGCCCCGGCCCCGGGGGAAGGAGCGCCCGCCCCGCCCAGUGCCCGCCCGGCGCCCGGGCCCGCAGCGGAUGAUUCUACUGGUCGCGAGCCGGUUCUGCAGAGGGAUGACCUGGAGUCCCUUCUGAGCGAGCACUCCUUCGACGGCAUCCUGCAGUGGGCCAUCCAGAGCAUGGCUCGCCCGAUGGCCGAGGCGCCCACCUUCCCCUCCUGA